GGCAGCUAAUAAAAUUCAAACGAAUCCAUUAAUACGCAAAAUGUCAGCAGCGUUAUCGACUUCGACAUCUGCCGUUUUAGCCACUGAAUCCUUUUCGAAAGGUUUAAUAAUAAUAAAUCGACCAAAAGCUUUAAAUGCAAUUAACUUAGAAAUGGUGCGUAAGAUCUAUAAACACUUGAGAAAGUGUGAGACCUCAAAAUCGUUGGUCAUUAUCAAGGGCACGGGUGAUAAGAGCUUUUGUGCCGGCGGUGAUGUACGUGCAAUAGUCGAACAAGGUCCAACGGAAGAAUCGAAGAGCUUUUUCCGUGAGGAAUAUACAACGAAUGCACUUAUUGGCAAUUAUAAAAUUCCUUAUAUUGCACUUAUCGAUGGUAUUGUGAUGGGCGGUGGUGUUGGUCUUUCAGUUCAUGGCAAAUAUCGUGUUGCAACGGAACGUACACUUUUUGCUAUGCCUGAAACAGCUAUUGGACUAUUUCCCGAUGUUGGUGGUUCACAUUUUCUACCACGACUUCAAGGUAAAUUGGGUCUUUAUUUAGGUCUUACUGGACAACGUUUGAAGGGUGACGAUGUACUGAAGGCUGGCGUUGCUACACAUUAUUGUGAAAGUGCCAAAUUAAGUGAAUUAGAACAAGAUUUAUUAAAUUGUGGUGAUUCUGAAGAAGUGCCUGAUAUAUUACAAAAAUAUCACAAACCAACAGCAAAAGAUUUUUUACUUAAACCACAUCUAGAACAAAUUAAUAAAUGCUUCACUGCAGAGUGCGUAGAGGAAAUUAUUGAAAAUCUUCAAAAGGAUGGCAGCGAAUGGGCUAAUAAAACUUUGGAGUACAUGACCUAUAUAUAG